CAAAUCCCGUUGAUUCCAAACAAUGGCCAAACACCGCUCAAGGUUUUUACAUGAGGGUUCUCUUUGACCAAAUAAACCCUUCAUAAACCCAGUCCUAAAUUCCCAUUUCCAAGUUGUUGCGAGUAAUGAGCAGAAGGGGGCUGAAAUCUCUCCAUUUUCUCUCAUUCUCCUUCAUUUCUUCUCCAAUUCGAUCCAACUCCUUCUUCUCUUCAAACCCAUUUCCCAUUUACUCUCAUUCCUCCCCCUUUGCCCACUUUUCCACUUCUUCUCCGGACGAUCUCCCAGGUUUGGUUGAUCCCGAUCAGUCGCUUUCGUCUGACACUUCCCGUGUCCAGUGCUUUUCGCCCCAAGAAGUCUCGCUUCUGCGUGAUUCCUUGUUGGAUUCUCAUGCUGACUCUUGUUCUUCACACCGGACGCUUCAGACUGUUAAGAUUUCAAACGAGGCCUUUUUGAUACUAGAUGCAGUUCGCAAUUGUGAUGAUGGGUUCGGGGAAAAAACCCAUAUUGUACUUAGGCAGUUCAGGCAGAAGUUGAAUCCUGAUUUAGUGGUUGAGAUUUUGAGUUUUUUGAAAAGUCCUGAACUGUGUGUCAAGUUCUUUUUGUGGGCUGGUCGACAAAUUGGUUAUGAUCAUACUCCGGCUGUGUACAUCGCGUUGUUAGAUGUUUUUGAGCGUGGUAGUUAUGAUCGAGUACCGGAGGAGUUUCUUAGGGAAAUUAGGGGUGAUGAUAAAGAGGUGCUUGGAAAGUUGCUUAAUGUGUUGAUUAGAAAGUGUUGCCGAAAUGGGUUGUGGAAUGUAGCAUUGGAAGAGCUCGGGAGGCUUAAGGACUUUGGGUACAAGCCUACCCGAAUGACUUAUAAUGCUUUAGUUCAAGUCUUUCUCAGGGCGGAUAAGUUGGACACUGCUCAAUUGGUUCAUAGAGAGAUGUCAGAAUUAGGAUUGAGUAUGGAUGAGUUUACUCUUGGUUUUUUUGCUCAAGCUCUCUGCAAAGUGGGCAAAUGGAGAGAGGCUCUCUCAUUAAUUGAAAAAGAAGAUUUUGUCCCUAAUACGAUUCUUUAUAAUAAGAUGAUAUCUGGACUGUGUGAAGCUUCGUUUUUUGAAGAAGCAAUGGAUUUUUUGAACAGGAUGCGGUCUACUUCUUGCAUCCCUAAUGUUCAGACUUAUAGGAUACUGCUUUGUGGUUGUUUAAAUAAAAAACAGUUGGGUCGAUGUAAAAGAAUUCUAAGCAUGAUGAUUGCAGAAGGCUGUUAUCCUAGUUAUACGAUAUUUAAUUCUCUUGUUCAUGCUUAUUGCAAAUCAGAUGAUUUUUCAUAUGCUUAUAAGUUGCUUAAGAAAAUGGAAAAAUGUGAAUGCAAGCCUGGCUAUGUGGUUUACAACAUCUUAAUUGGCAGUAUUUGUAGUGGUGGAGAAUUACCUGGGCCAGUUACAUUUGAGUUGGCUGAGAAAGCUUACAAUGAGAUGCUUUCUGCUGGAACCGUCUUAAAUAAGGUCAACGUUGUAAGCUUUGCUCGAUGCCUUUGUGGCUUUGGGAAAUUUGAGAAAGCUUAUAAAGUAAUCCAUGAAAUGAUGGGUAAUGGUUUCGUCCCUGAUACUUCUACAUAUUCUGAAGUGAUAGGUUUUCUAUGUAAUGCAUCCAGGGUAGAAAAUGCCUUUUUUCUUUUUAAAGAAAUGAAAGGGACUGGUGUGGUUCCUGAUGUUUAUACAUACACAAUUUUAAUUGAUUGUUUUUCUAAAGCUGGCAUCAUUAAACAAGCUCACAAUUGGCUAGAUGAAAUGGUAAGAGAUGGCUGUGAACCUACUGUGGUGACUUAUACAACCCUUAUCCAUGCAUAUCUUAAGGCUAAGAAAGUUUCUGUUGCUAAUGAACUUUUUGAGUUAAUGAUAGCCAAGGGUUGUUUUCCUAAUGUCAUUACAUAUACAGCUUUAAUUGAUGGCUAUUGUAAAUCAGGGAAUAUAGAAAAAGCUUGCCAGAUUUAUGCAAGAAUGAGAGGUGAUGCAGACAUUCCUGAUGUAGAUAUGUAUUUUAAAAUAAAAAAUAAUGUGGCUGAAAAGCCAAAUGUUGUUACGUAUGGAGCUUUGGUGGAUGGUUUAUGCAAGGCCCAUAAAGUCAAAGAUGCCCGUGACUUGUUGGAGACCAUGUUUGUGGAUGGCUGUGAACCAAACACCAUUGUAUAUGAUGCACUAAUUGAUGGAUUUUGUAAGGCUGCAAAGUUGGAUGAAGCACAAGAGGUGUUUCAUAAGAUGGUAGAGCAUGGGUAUAAUCCCAAUGUCUAUACUUAUAGCUCUCUUAUUGAUAGACUAUUCAAGGAUAAACGUUUAGAUCUUGUUUUGAAGGUGUUAUCCAAAAUGUUAGAGAAUUCUUGUGCUCCAAACAUUGUUAUCUACACAGAGAUGAUUGAUGGCCUUUCUAAAGUAGCAAAGACAGAUGAAGCUUAUAAGCUUAUGUUGAUGAUGGAAGAGAAGGGAUGUAAACCAAAUGUUGUGACCUACACUGCAAUGAUUGAUGGCUUUGGGAAAGCUGGUAAAGUUGACAAAUGCCUUGAGCUUUUCAGGGAAAUGGGCUCAAAAGGCUGUGCUCCAAAUUUUGUCACCUACACAGUGUUGAUCAACCAUUGUUGUGCUACUGGCCAUUUAGAUGAGGCCUAUGCACUGUUGGAAGAAAUGAAACAGACAUACUGGCCAAAACAUGUAUCGAGCUACUGUAAAGUUAUUGAAGGCUAUAAACGGGAGUUCAUUCUCUCACUUGGGCUCUUAGAGGAAGUUGAGAAGAAUGGUUCUGCACCAAUUAUUCUUCUAUACAAGGUUUUGAUUGAUAACUUUGUUAAGGCAGGAAGACUGGAAGUGGCACUGGAGCUCCACAAAGAGGUUAUAUCAGCUUCCAUGUCUAUGGCUGCAAAGAAAAAUCUGUAUACAAGUUUGAUUUACAGCUUUUCUUAUGCAAGUAAGAUUGGUCACGCGUUUGAGUUAUUUUAUGAUAUGAUAAGAGAUGGUGUUAUACCAGAUCUUGGUACGUUUGUCCACCUUCUUAUGGGGCUUAUCAGAGUUAGAAGGUGGGAAGAAGCACUUCAGCUGUCGGAUAGCCUAUGUCAAAUGGAUAUCAAUUGGUUGCGACGAGAAGACAAGCCUUGAAGAGAUUUCUGGACCAAUUGUUUUUGUUGUUACGCCCAUGGUUUAUGCGAAUGCCUCCAAGAGUGUGAUCAGUAAUUCAACCGUGGUAACCAUUUUGGAGGGUUUGAUCAUGCACUCAAGAAAACCUUUGAAGAUGUGCUACACAUUUCAUGCACCCAUGAGCAACUAUUGCAGCCAAGGAUAAUUUGAUUCCUUUGGUAUUUUACCUGUCAAUCAGAAGAUAAUUUGGACAAAAAUUAUUACCUUUGCAUCAUCCGGUGUCUUGACUUGGGAGAAGGAAAUGUUCAAAGGAAUCUGCAGGUCAACUGCCAACAGAAUGAGUUGUGUGCAUUGGAGCUGUUGAACUGAUUUUCUGCAGUUGGUCCCUUCACAGCCCCAUGGUGGAAAGGUUGAGAUUCAAAAGGGCAUCUCCAUGUUUUUCUGGCAACUCUGCCAGAUACAAAAUAGAAAGAACAGAAGAUUUGGUGGUUUUAUUUUUUCGUUGAAUCAUGCAACGUCUCAGUGGGUGGACAUAGGAAGAUGAGAUGUAUGUUCCUUUUUUUCUCACUUCUUUUUGUCAUUGAUUAUUUCUAGGAGUUUUUAUAUGUAUAUGGAAAACCAAGAUUUACUAGGGCAAAGAAUACAAAUCGUCUUACGAAAUGAGCCUGUACAAGAAAAUUGAGACUCACAAGCCUUGUUAGUUCUCAGCCACGUGAACUUUAAUUCUGAGCUAUUGAACUUGUUUCUUGAUUCAUUAGUAUUGACCAAAACCCAUAUCUUAAUUCGAAAAUUCAACGUCUCACCCUGAAGUUGUACCAAAAAAUACUAUGGUUCUACUAAAAAAAACUUGUUUUUCAGACGUUUUA